AUGUGCGAAAAUUUACGCAUUGCAGUGUCAUCGGCGAGGAACAUGAACGGACCAGCCGGCGCACGGCCGUUGGUUGCGUUACUGGAUGGCCGGGAUUGCACGAUCGAGAUGCCCCUACUGAAAGAUGUGGCCACCGUUGCGUUCUGCGAUGCGCAAUCUACUCAUGAGAUUCAUGAGAAAGUACUGAAUGAGGCGGUGGCAGCGCUCAUGUACCACUCAAUUAAACUCGAGAAGGAAGAUCUGGAAAAGUUCAAAGCAUUGCGGGUAGUGGUAAAGAUUGGCUACGGUUUUGAUAACAUCGACGUCAAAGCGGCUACUGAACUAGGUAUUGCCGUUUGUCACACUCCAGGAGAUUGCAUCGAAGAAAUAGCCGAUUUUACAAUGUCUCUUCUCUUGAAUCUCUACAGAAGAACUUACUGGUUAGCUAAAGCUGUAAGCGAAGGCAAAAAAGUCGUUGGCGCUGAGCACGUACGAGAAGUAGCUGGAGGUAGCAAACGCAUGCGAGGUGACGUUCUUGGCAUCAUCGGUAUGGGGCGCGUGGGAACGGCCGUCGCUCUCCGCGCUCGGUCGUUUGGAAUGAACAUUGUGUUCUAUGAUCCGUUUGUGCCUGACGGUUUUGAAAAGGCGCUUGGCGUCGAACGGUGUUACGCAUUGGAUGAUUUGUUGAUGAAGAGCGACGCAAUUUCCCUUCAUUGCCUGUUGACUGACGAAACGCGGCACAUCAUCAACGAACAGACGCUGAAGCAGUGUCGACCCGGUGUAUUUAUUAUCAAUACAAGUCGGGGAGGACUCGUUGAUGAGACUGACCUUGCUAGCUACUUGAAGUCGGGACACGUUAGAGGUGCUGCCCUCGACGUACACGAACAAGAGCCCUAUGAAGGGAAUAUGAUGAGUGAGUGCCAUUUAAAAAUAUAUGUCUGUGUAUGCCUUAUUUUACUCAUCCCUGGUUCAGAUCCACUUUCUCAGUGCCCAAAUGUUAUACAUACACCUCAUGCCUCGUGGUUUUCUGAUAGUUCAUGUAAGGAACUGAGAGUGAAUGCUGCUAAAGAGGAGCAACUGCUAGCGAACGGUGGAGGUGCUCGGCGAGCUUUAGCUGCUGCGGCUGCUGCCGCCGCCAACCAACCUGGGCCCAGUAGUUACAAUCCACUUGUUGGAAUGCAGAAUUUUGGUUUCAAUGGUUUGCCACAAAUGGGCCAGAUGGGAGCAUUCCCAUACGGUAAUCCGCUGUUAGCAAUGGGUGGCAUGAAUUUAAAUCCAUUGCUAAUGACACCAAAUUCGGCUGCUCUUGCCCAAUUUGCCAAUCCUGCUGCUGCCCUCUCAACCCUUGCUGCCCAAACGUCGCAAGCACCGGUGGUGAAUGUCGGUUCUCCCGCGCUCAACGCUACCCCGAGUCCCAACGCCACCUCUGGAAAGCUGGCUAGCCCCCAGAACGGAGGAAUCACACCGCCAUCGCCUUCAAAUGCUGAAGUGCCAGUGUCAUUAUCUGCGAAUUUGCCCGGAGCGACGGGCGCAUCUGGAGAGGAGAUUCGCCUGAAAGCUGAGAAGGAAGAGCCUGUUGAGGUUAAUGGGCAAGGUGAAAAUGAGCUGAAUGGCACCAACAACGACGAGUAG